AUGACCGCUUCGAAAGGCGCCGGCUUGAGGUCUUCUGUAUGUCAGGAAAUCAUUGGAAAGUGCAGUAAUUCCAAAAACCAUUUAUUCACCAGCAUAAUGGAAUUUCUUUUUUUCAGAGGGAACCCGAACUGGAAAUGUGAGCGAUACUCAGUGGAGACGUUGAAAAACUGCUGCGUGGAGGCGAGAAAAACCGAACAGGCGCAUUCGAAAGCUGCUUCUCAAAAAGCCAACCAGCCUUCCUCCACGUUUAGACCCGGUGAAGCCAAUGGUUUCCCAAAGAAACGCAUCUGGAGUAGGAUUUCGGAGUGGUUCAGGAAGAUAAAGGAUGUUGUGGUCCUUUAUACGAGACGAGUUGGGCGAUUCCUCUAUGAUAUUGCCUGUAAGGUGGCAAGAUUCCUUAGGACUGUUGCGCAGUACUUAUGGGCUGUCAUAAGGGCUAUAUUCUGGCCCAAUGUCAAAUCGAAGCCGUUGCCUCGAUCAGCACCGAAGCCCUUCAGUGCCAAAGCUCAAGAAUCACCAUCAUUCAAUAAAGUACAAUUUCUUCCCGAAGAAUCGCUGGAGAAGCAGGAGCUGCAGCCCGAGCAGACAGCUAUGCCGCCGUCAGUGGCACCAGAGCCAGAACCAGUAAGACGCCGGCAACCAACACCUGCCGAACGCCUGCAGAUGUACACCUCGGAACAGGCCAGUCUACAACAGAAUGCCACCCCCGUGGCAAUGCCCCGACAGACCACGUACGCAGCGGAGCAACCUUUGCAACACGAGGAAGCCCCUGGACCAUCGACGUAUCGAUUCACCGACACCAGCCUCGAUGCCACUCAUAGAGAGACCAGUCCUAAUGUAGAAGAGAACCCAAUGAAUGCACCUCCACCAGCUCCUCCACCACCGCCGCAUAGGCCAAUUCGAAUUGAUACCAUAAAUGGCAGGGAAGACGCGACGAUGGACCCAUGGGAGUAUGUUCCACAGCAAUCCGCCACCACCAAGAAGGAACCACCUGGCAUUGGCAAACUACCGGCUGAUGUUAUGGCCGAGUUACACGGUACCCAAAAGAUGCGAUUGGAACGGGAGGCAUCUGUACAACGUGAAAUGACCCAAAGCUGCCACCCAGAUAUGACGCAGUGGAAAAUGCAAGAGAAUGAGAGUCGCUAUGAUCGCUCUGCCACUGCCACCCCCUAUCGGGCCAGCAGCGUCGGUCCGACAAUGCGGAAACUCGAGCAGGUUGUAAGCAGAUUGGAUGAUGCUAAUGAAAACGAGGCGCAAUAUGUGUUCAGAGCAAAACCGUCAGACUAUAUGAUGGGCAAAUCAGUGUUCACACCGUUGGAAGAAGCUGAACGAAUACGAGACACAAUCAACAGAAGUUCGAGACCCGUGACGCCUGCUCACAGCGUCGUAAGCGGACGUAUGACGCCUUACGGACAAGAAUCGUACGCUUCACACAGCUACAAACGGUCAGUUUGA